AUGCUGACAGUGUUUCAAUGUAUUACAAUGGAAGGAUGGACUGAUAUUAUGUAUCAUGUACGUAAUCAUCCAACGCACAGUAUAAUUUCUAAGAGCUAGACACAUUUUUAUACAGGAGCGGAUUCCUGGUUUGUUUUCCAGACCAGUUAUUACAGGUAGUUGAUGCCGCAUUGCAAGUCAAGUUCACGUGAAGAUAUGCUUCACUACAGCUGAAUUUGUUAGUGUUUAUCAUAAUCCUAAAUUUUCUUCUCGUGAUAUCUCAGCUCAACUUUGUAGACCUACGUUCCGGAAAUGUCCUAGGAACGCGGCAACGGAAAUUUCUUCCCUCUGUAAGGGCUAAAAUGAAAGGAGAUUUAAAAGUGUCAGCAUUUGUUGGUAACUACUGUCAAGUGACUUAUAGGCCCUUUGACCCUGAAAUCACUUUAGCAUAGGUUUUAUCCAAGCAGUAGCUCUGGUCCAAGCAAUGACAUUCAUUUUGUAUUUAUCCCUCGUUGCAAAUUUUUCUUCCUUUUCAUUGGCAGAGAGCUCACCACGUGACCUGCAAAUAACUGCCUACAAAUAAUGGUCUGCUCAUGCGCAAUGUCGUCCAACUUUGUUUGGCUGCAAAACAAACUCGGUGAUGAAUGAUAAAAGAAUUAUUUGUUUCUUCUAGAGUUAUGAUGCCCGGGAUUAUCACAACCGCGUGGUCACUUCUAUCGUCUAUAUAUCAUUAAUAAUUAUUGGCUCGUUUUUUAUGCUCAAUUUGGUUCUUGGAGUUUUAAGCGGGUAAGUCGUCACUGCAGUUCAUUUAAUGUUGACCCCGCCUAGUUAUAUUUCGUUAUUUAAUUACUAUAAUUGUCUAAACUUUUUUUGUGGAAAAAGCAUCUAUCUCUCUCUCCUCGCGAUGUAAUUUUACUAUUUUAUUCAUUGCAUUUUUCCACAGUGAAUUUGCCAAAGAAAGAGAAAGAGCUGAAAAUCGUCGAGCAUUCUUCAAGUUUCGAAGUCGAGAGAAGUUAGAACGCCAAUUUACAGCAUAUUCUGAUUGGAUAGGAAGAGCAGGUAAGAAAAACGUGACGUCCACUUCAGCGCAUAUCAAUAAGCAAACCAUUAAUUGCAGUGGAUUUACUAUACAAUUUUCACAGUUUGAACGCGCACUUUUCAAUGCAAGUUUAUCGUGGUAUGUAAGCUGUGACCUUCAACUAGCUUGCCAUUACAAAUUUUCUGAUGAGCAUAUAGACAGCGAAGCCGGGAGACAGAAGACAGGAGCGUGGAGUAUAAGGAGUUUUUCCAUUGUCAACUGUAACUCUCUGGUUCUAUAGUUAGCUUUGGUUAAGAUAUUAGUAACGAUCUUGUGUCAUUUUCAGAGGACAUUCUGUUGAGGGAAGAAAGAGAAAGACAUGGAGUUGGAGAAGGUAUUUCUUCACUUACAAAAGUGAAUUCGCGCUAUUUCAAACUUCAUCGCUUUUUCUCCAUCUCAUUUGAAAUGAUAGGAGAUUUUUCUGGACUUGAAUUAUAAAGAGCUGUAUUCGUUCUCUUAAGUUCAAAUCAUCCAUAAAAACGUGAAAUUAAGGUAAGUCUACGUUGCAUAGUCGGGUAUAAUAAACGGAAACAAAGAAAUGUGCAAAAAAGCGUGAUGCAUGUGCCAAGUUUUCUUUGGCUAAUCUGAGCCGGCCUUGCUCUAAUUUUUUGCCGUCCUCAUUGAUUUUGCCGUCGUGGUUGCUUAAGUUCUCUAUUUUUUAACUAACAGAUGAACUAUACCGCUGAUUAAUGUUUUUUUUCCUCACAGGAGGCCCGCGUGAUCCGCUAAAGAAGCGUAACAGUCUGUCAGACUCUAUAAUGCAUUUGAUAGAGGAUCGCGGGGAAAUGUUGAAACAUCUUAGAAAUAAGUCUGAAAGGUAUAAUGUAUUUCUCAAAAAGUUUUCUUUGAAACUCUGGUCAUUUUGAAAGGGAAUUCAUCUUUUUACUAUUUUUUUACAAAUCUGUUUUUUUUUUUUUGCAGCUCAAGUGCAUUUCAAAAAAUCAAGAAAAAAGAAAAGUUACUUCGAAUUCAUGUACGUCAAAUGGUUAAAAGUCAAGUUUUCUAUUGGUCAGUUAUAGUCUGUGUUUUCCUUAACACAGUUCUGAUGUCGGUUGAGCAUUAUGGACAACCAAAAUGGUUGGAAAAGUUUCAAGGUUGGUACUGGUCUUUACAGCAACUUUUAAUUCGUUUCAAAGCUCUAGGAGUUAAGAUCUAUUCAAGUCGAGAAGUUUUUCAUCCGAUAUCCAGACACCGAAGAGCUGGUUGAAAAAGCGAUCUGAGGUCUCCGGAUAUCGGAUGGCCUCCUUUUUUACACUCAUUUUAAAGUCAUCGUAUGACUAAAUUUUGGACGGCUGUCAUUACCUACAAGUUUAUGGAGAAAUAAAAAAUGCUAGCGUGCAAAAUCUAAAACAGCACUAGGAGGUGCCGGCGGAUGGCAAAUACCGUCUGAGAUGAGGGUAUUAUUUAUACUACUAGGGAAUUAUCCACACAUCCGGGUUAUUUUUAUGCUUUUCCAUCGCAGUUUAAGUUACCAUGCAUGGCUGUAAAGCUGCACUGGGUCACUGUUUAGUACCAAGAGAGGAUCUUCCAUUGUCAGUACUCGAUGAUGCAUGUCAACAUUCAUAUGCUCCUUAAGAAAAACCACCUCAAUUUAAAAUCCAUUACUGUGAUUCCUUAAUUUUUUUAUUAUUAUUAUUAUUUUACAGAAAUUUCAGAGUACGUUUUCCUCAGUAUAUUUAUAGCUGAAAUGUUGUUAAAGAUGUAUGGUCUUGGCCCCAAGGUGUACUUUAAGUCAGCAUUUAACAGAUUUGACUGCGCUGUAAGUACUUCAAUCUAUUUGUGGAACUUUAAGCUUGUGUCAUCAUUUUUAUCAGGUAGACAAUUUUUCGGUGCAUUUUCAGUCAUUUUUGAGUUGUUGGUUUGUAUGAUUAGCCAAGCGAGGCAAUUUGCAGGCUUCUUGGUCUUCUGUAAAACUCAUAUUUUUGAAUAUUUCUGUCCUGGUAUCAGUCAACCAAGUAUCAAGAGAAACCCCCAGAUUAUUUUCCUCGGACAUAUGUGACAAGUAGUUUACGGUUGUAGGCUUUUUAAAUGUGAGCUCAGUCGAUUCAAAAGGGUAAAAUUUGUAACUCGUAGCCGGCCAAAGGUGGGUACAAUCAGGUCAGUCUUUCAAGUGAUUUCUACCAGGGAUGGGUCCCUUAUCUUAUUUAAUUUAUAUCUGUGACACGUUUGAGUUGAAGCUUUUUGUGGUGGGCCAUUGUGCGUUAUCACCACUGAUGCCGAAGUACCACCGCCCCUCUAUACUUCCUGAUAUAUCAAGCUAUUCAUUCGCCAACAAGAUCAAGCUACAGUGUCCGUAAUACAGGCAGUCCAUGAUAGCCAAUUCAAUUCUCUUUCCAAGUUCGCUCGUCAGACUCUAGUUAUAAUAACCAGCCAGGCGACCUUGCUUUUAGACCAUUUUGCUCCUUAAUUGAGAACACUUGUCAUUUCUUUUUGUCGGCAGGUUGUCCUUGGAGGCAUUAUUGAAAUAGUUGUACAGUAUUUUACAAACUAUAGCUUUGGCAUCAGCGUUCUUCGUAGUCUUCGUCUUCUUAGAGUUUUUAAAUUCACAAGUUAAGAUUGAAUCAAUUAGAGCACAAUCUUGCGAGAAACCUGAAAUAAUAUUGACAGUUUGUAGCAUGGAUUUUGGUUUUUUUCUGUUAUCUAUAUUUCCAACUUUCAUAAUUAGGUUGAGUAUGAUAUCCAUUUCGAAUUUAGUGAGAUUAAUUUUCGUUGGUAUUAUUAGCUAAUCGAAACAAACAGUCAACAGUAAGUCAUUUUAUAUAAAAACACAAUACUAUGUUACUAGCAGUUUCACACCUGUUUACUCGAAAACGCAUACAAGCACCAAAGGCAAUGGUCAUUUUCAAUAAAAAUAAGCGAAAACUUUCAUGCCUAACGAUCUAAUAACCCUUGUUUUUCGUUGCAGGUUCUGGGCGUCAUUACGUAACUUUGUGACGUCAUUGUUAAACAGCAUGCGCUCCAUUUUAAGUCUAAUAUUCCUUCUUCUUCUCUUCAUCUUCAUUUUCGCUCUUCUUGGGAUGCAGUUGUUUGGUGGAAAGUAAGUUUAAAGGAUAGAUAUAAGAUAAACAUUCGAUAUCGCAGUCUCAGCUUCACUAACCAAUUGAGCCUUUUUUAUUAUUUUCCUCCAUGUUGUCAGUACACAAAUUUCAUGCUCAGAUUAAACACAUGUGUGUCAUAAUAAUUUGCAUAAAAUUACAAGGAAAGAAUGGUAAAGAAUCUUAGUUUAAGGGCAGUGUCCAUUUAUUAGAGGUUGUUGGAAGUCGACACGGUCUUUAUUAUUACUUUUUAUGCACAUGUGGUCAGUAUCCAAAAAAAACACCCCUGGGGUUGAGGGGUGGGUUAAGGAGUUGGAAAAGAGUCCCAUCCCCCUUCCCCCUGUUCAUCAAACCCCAAGCUUGCUGUGAGCACAGUAGUCAAUUUCUCUAAGGAAAAUGAAUUAUUAUAUUUGCAGGUUUAGUGAGCGGCACGAUGCUCCUCGUACCAAUUUUGAUAAUUUCCUUAAAGCAAUGUUGGCGGUCUUCCAGGUUCGUGCUUCUAUAUUUCAACCUCCAUUUCCCCAUAAUCUCCUUUCGAUUUCUGAAAUAGCACACAACACCUUGUGCUUCAAAUCUAGCGGGCUUGAUAUUGGCAGAGAAAAUUUGUCUCACAUUUGCUCUAUCCACCUCGUUGCUCUGUACAAAAGGAUGGCGUGGCGGUGACAUUCUGCUUAACAAUAUUUUCCAUUUGCUUGGUGCUACAGACCUUGUUGCAAGAAUUGCUUGUAAUAAUCAUUUGCAUGACCGGGAUGAGAUAAUGUAAAGUGACUUUCUGACUUCUCCAAAAUAGCAGAGUCUAAGUGCACUGGUGAAAAACAAUAACGCUGCACAUUUGGUACCAAUGCUAAGCGUGAUAGCGACCAGCAUAAAGCAAUCAAUGGUUUAGCGCAGCCACCAAUAAACACAAUAAAGGGAGAUAUAAGCAACAAAUUGUACUUCCCUUCGCCGACUAUCUUAAACAUUAUAUUUUACUAGGGUGGUGAACCGACAUCUUGUAAAUUUUAUCUUGUUUUUUUGAAUUACAUUUUCAGAUAAUGACGGGAGAGGAUUGGAAUGCCGUGAUGUAUAAUGGGAUAGUUGCGUCAGGAGGACCUCAUACGAUUCAAGGGAUUUUGUCGUCAUUGUAUUUCAUCUCCCUUGUAAUUCUGGGAAAUUGUAUCUUUGCAAAAGACGUAAUAUCAUUUAUAAAUUUACGGUUUUAAAUUUUUUUCGAAAGUAUAUUCUGUUGAAACCAAUCUUUGCAAACAAACUACGAUGUAAAAUUCCCCUUUAACAAAUCUUGACGUGGCUUGCCUUCGGAUUUUCUAACAUAAUGACUUUCAUUUUGUCAUCUCUUUCUUUUCUUUUAACUAUGGUCACUUUAUAAUAUCCUGACUGGCCAGUUGAAACCUAACUAAAGAAAGUUUUAAUCUUUGACAAAAUGUGAUCCAGAUACCCUACUAAAUGUAUUUUUAGCUAUCGCAGUGGAUAACCUAGCAAAUGCUCAAGCAGUUACACAAGACGAAAAGGAAGAACAAAGAAUGAUAGAAGCAAUAAAAAGAAAAAGAAUGGAAAAAAGGACUUCUCCUGGGUGGGCCAAAGUUCGACAGAUUCCUGUAAUCAUGGCAAUAAAGAACAUUAAUCAGAAUAAAACCGAUCAUGAUAAUCCAUUUCGAAACAUGAAGCCCGCAUUUUCCUCCGUGGACCACGUGUCACCAAGGUAAUAACAGGAUACCAACAUGGCUGCUGUUUUAUUGUCUUGGGAUUCUAAUAUGGUGGACUUGACGUCAUGUGAAAACGGUUCAUAAAGAUGAAUUUGGAUAAUUGGUCCUGUUCUUGUCCUCCCCAUCCAGCAAUCGGCAGGAAUUCCCUUACCAACCCGCAACGCAGCACUUUUAUUUAUUUGACUUACUUGUUUAACCAGUUUUGGUCCAAAACGUUAUUUUAUAAGCACAAAAUUCAAAAUUUAUCAAUGAGGUAAGUUAUUGCAAGCUUUAAACGACUUUAACAGUUUAUUGACUCUAGUUUCAAUAUUUUGAUGUAAUCUAUAUAUUUCUAUUAUAUUUUUGUUUAGGGGAGCGAGAUGGAACAAGAAGUCGGCACUGAGGGUGAGUGACGAAAAAGUUGUCAGACUCCACAUAACGUUUUCUUAAACAUUACUGUAAAAAAAAAUUAAAAACUAUCCGUUUCAUCGCCAUGAAUUUUUUUCCAAUGUUCGGUUUGAGAAAAACGAGAGGUGAUAAGGGAAACAGUAAUAUAUUCUCAGUACUCGGAACACUCGCACGCAAAGCCAAAUGAGUCUAAAUACAUAAGAUAUGGGAGAAUCGGCCCGAGGCUUUGCGAGUCGGUGGACCUGUAGAGAAUACGAGAGGUAUGCCCCAUCGCUGAAAGGAGGAGUGUGUGGUGAGAACUGCUAUCGAGGGUGGUGAGACCUAAACUUUACUAGAACUGGCUGAAUAAUCAAGCUUCAGGCUUCUCUGAAAACCGAGGGACAAGGUCUGUGGGUAUGCCGUGCAUUCCCCCAGGCCACGCUGAUUGCAUUGAUGCUAAGUUAGGGUUUGUGCGUGUUUUUCGCUAGUGAGAAUAGGAUUAAUAUUCUGAGGAGGAAAUAAGGGAGGCUACAUCUUGCUGCCUUUGAUCUAAUCAUUUACACGUAUCUCCAAUGUUAAUUUUCUCUGGUUUGCCAAUUGUCUCUCUACUUAACAGAUUAAAUUUUCUCAAGAAAGUAGUUCCGAUCAGUCGACAAAGAACGGUAAAAUAUCUAAUGGAAAUUUCCCGCUUAAAUUUGACGGAGAGGAGGAGGACGAAGAGUCAGGUAAAGAACCACAAUUAGGGAGCUCUUAAAUUCUCCUUAGCUCAUUUUGCCCCAAGUCUUUUCCCAAAGCGCAUUAUCUUUUGUGGUUAACAACAAGGCUUGGGAAAACGUGACUUGACAGUAGGCCCGAUUACCAGCCGCUGUUUCGGAAUUGAUUCCGCGCUCUUUCCCAAACAGCCUCUUCUCGGGUAGGACUGAGAGAGCGGCAGAAAUAAGCCUACUGGACAGGGACCUAAUCAGAAAUUAACUCGUGAAGUCGUCAUCUUGGGAUGUUCUGAAUGUUUUUUAAAAAAAUAGUCAAAAUGUCCCGUACUAUAGGAUUUUUCCUAUUUGAGUCAGCUGAAAGUUGUCUACUCUUGAUAUCAGAGGUUUUUUGUGGCGAGCGGCAGGAACACUUCUUCGGCCGACCAAACCCUCAAGCGGGUCACUAUGACUACACCUGACUGAAACCGGAAACCGGGCGGCAAAAGUGUCUGGCGCCCAGAUUAAAUGGCAGCUUAUGGAAAAAUAUGAACUUGUAAUGAAAUUUUUCACAGUCUCGAAUCCAUGCAACCAAGCGCCAACCAACCAAGGGAGUGAAAUUGGUUAACUGACAAAUCUUACGAGCAAAAAAAGUUUGCUGAAGACAUUGAUAAAUUUCUAUCUGGGCAUUGUUUUUAAACAAGUUUUUAUGUUCCCUUUAACCACAGGACCCCCAAAAACUCUGCUUAGCUUACGUGAAGCUGGACGUAUCAUACGAAGACGUAACAUUCAAAGGAACGUACCGAUCAUACGAAAGAGUUCCAUGUUUAUAUUUGGACCUGAUAAUCCGUAAGUGAAUUUUUUUACAAGCAUCUGUAGGCAUAAGUGCAAAUUGAAUGGGGAUAUCAACUGACUGGGGUUUCUCCUUCUUACAGAAUUCGUCAAGCAUGCCAUUGGGUGGUAAACCUUCGAUACUUUGAUGACUUCAUCUUAGUGAUCAUUUUGAUCAGUAGUGUCUUGUUAGCUGUGGAGGAUCCUGUUAAUCCGAACUCGCCAAGAAAUGAGGUGUCUACUGAAUAAGUACUUAGUCUUAAUCUUCCCCUUCCCUCUUCUAGUCUAAAAAGUUUAGAGGGGGCGGUGACUUCCGUGUGAAAGGUAGGGAUAUGCUCGACGGAAAAUGAAAAUCAGAAUCAAACACCUAAAAGACACCAUUUUGGGCGUGGUUCAAGAUCAUACUAAAACAGGUAACUUUUCCUGAAACCAAUCAGAGCUACAGUGAUCUGAAUUACUGCCCAUCAAAAUGAAUUCAACAAUUAUGACGGUGUUUGUUUGUUUGUUCUAAGCGAGAUCUAAGAACGAUGACCUUUUCGUCAUGAACACCCUGAAAAAGACCAAAAUCCGAAAUUUGCGCUUCUUAGCUGGACAACGGGUAUCCCCGUCAAUUCUCUAUUAGAUUUUCCCUGCCCCAGGUUUCAAUCCCGCUCUAAACCAUUUAUACAUCAUUUUUUCUUUCAUGUUCUUCAUGUUGAUUGAUUUUGUGACCUUUGUCUUACUCAAAUUCUAAAAGCAUGACAUUGUAUGCUAAAGCUGCCUUGUUCAAAUCCCAUUCAGUAAAGGAUGUUGCUUCAGGUAUUAAGCAGCACUGCUUAGAGUCCAUCCAAUAAAAAGAGGGUAAAUCAGAAUUUCACUCUUUUAUGUUUGGAUAUCUUCUUUUUGUAGGUUCUUCGCUAUUUCGAUUUCGUCAUCACCGGAAUCUUUGCUCUAGAAGUAUUAGUGAAGGUCAGUGACCGAGGUUACACUAUACUCAACAGACAUCUGUGCAUCAGAAAUAGCGGAUUAGCUUUCGAGUCAGACUACUCUAGUCUUUUUGCUGAUUGGUUCAAAACUCUUGCGCCACAAUCAAACGGAUGUACUAACGAACGAUGAUAUUUUUUAAACAAAAUUCGCUGCUAUAUAUUUUCCAGAAAACAUAAAAACGCCCAGAAAGAUGUUGGCCUUAUCCUCGACCUUGUGAUAGAUACUUCGAACGUCUCAAAGACUUUACUAUCGGACCAAAAUCCCAUACCAGUUAGAAUGUCCUAGCCAUGCGCCAGCAUACCUGGCUCUUUUCGUUACGAACUUAAUGUUAUUAGUCAUAAUAAAUUAUUAGCAACCAGAUGGAAACGAAUCACUGAACUGAGAGAAAAAAAUGCAAAGAUAUACCACUUGAAGAUAAUAUCCUUUUCCCUGUAAUUUAGAUGAUAGACCUUGGUGUCAUCCUUCACAAAGGAUCAUAUCUAAGAAGCGGUUGGAAUAUCAUUGACGCUUUUGUUGUGGCCUGCAAUAUCGCAGCAUUGUUGUUAGAGUAAGUGUCAUUAGAGAGCUUUACAUUUGAGGCCAAGGACAACUACGAGAACGAGAUUUAACCCAUAGUUUUUUCGUGUAUUGUCGAAAAAUAUUCAACCCGGAAAGCUUCAUUGUACUAUUUUGCAAAUGAAAAAUUAGUGCGGUUAUUUUUAUUGGAGAAGGUUUAGCCUUUUCCCGGUCGCAAAAUGAUUUAACUUCAAAAAUUGAUAACUUGUUCCCGCCACUACGACAUUCUCGCUAAAACUCGCAGUAGAAUGAAGACGGCUAUCACGUUUCCCGCAAAAAUGGCGUUGGUUCACGCAGGAGCACUACUUAGCACUGAGAAAAUCUCGUACUAGUUUUCGUCCUCGUCUCCGAAUCUAAAGCUCUCUAUUCAAUGUCAGGCUAAACCAUGUUCUCGCCAAUAGAGUGGCUUCACCUUUUACUGUAAAUCACUCAAAAUCCAAGUCACAACCAUUGAUUCGUUCUCAGUGACAAAGGGAUAGCGCUGGAAUCCUCAGCUUUUAAAUCCCUUGCAUGGUCCUAAAGAAACUUUAUCAGCCCAGUUGAUAGAACUAAACUCCAUGUUGAAACUGUUCCUGAUGCCACACUUUUGAACAGCGAUCGUACUGUCGUAACGAUGAUGGAUUCUUGCACGCAGUCAAAUUAACUUUGUUUGCGUGGUAUUUUAAGAAGCAAAAAUUUCUCUGCCCUGGUAUUUCACGUUUUCACCAAUUGGUGCAUGUAGUUUAAGCCCCAUUAGUUUACACAGGCAAGAUUUCCUGAGACGCAUUUGGCAUUCGACGCAGCAGCACAUGUAAAGUUCGUCCGCAGAUUGAGACUGACUGAUUGCCAAAUGAAAACUAUUUCAGUUGUUUCUUCAACUUAAUACGCACUUAGCAUUUCAAACUUACCUGUGAGAAUUUGGCUGAAAAGUCUUUCAUUUGAUUUUGUAGCAUUGGUAGCAACGACUCCUUGGAAAGGGAUGCCAUCAAGUCUUUUCGUGUUUUGCGGGUUCUAAGGCCAUUGAAGGCAAUCAAUAAGUCAAAGAAACUUAAGGUAAAAUUUUGCAAUCAAUGUAAUGAAAUUUCAUGACAUGUAUUGAGCGUACCAUGAAGAUUGAUACGGACUUUUAAAAUCAUUUUCAGGCUGUGUUCGAGUGCAUGCUGUACUCCCUGAAGAAUGUACGUAACAUUCUUCUCAUCACAUUAUUAUUUUACUUUAUCUUCGCCGUUGUUGGAGUGCAGCUUUUUAAGGUGAGAUUAUGGUGUGUUUAUAUAGGCUAACUGAGUGAUUCUCGGUGUUUAUUAAAACGAUGAUGAUGAUGAUAAAGACGAUGGUGGUGAUGAUGAUGAUGACGUUGAUGAUGAUGAUGAUUCUCUAUAUGUCCUGAACUUUAGUAGUUUCUCAUUUUCGGUCAAUCGCAACUUCGAUCUCAAUCUCAGUCCAAAAAGUAUUGAGGAAAAUCUAAUUCAAAGAAAAAACUCAAUAAGUUUGGCCUACCUAAGAGAGGCUUUCACUUUCAAAGUGGUUAAAGAGCUCGAAAACCAAAUUUAUACUAUUUGUGUCUCGAGCCACUUUCAACAUCCAUCUCUACUGCCCUUAUUAAUCCACAUACUUUACUUUUUUCUCCUUUAGGGAAAAUUCUGGUUCUGUAAUGAUCAGUCAAAGAUGACAAAGGAAGCCUGCCAGUGAGUAUCUCUAGACGUCAAACUUUAUGAAGGGAGGGAGAGGGUUGUAAUAAUGCUUAUUUAUCAUUGGCCUUGAUAUUCCAGAUGUUGCUCUGUAUAACAAAUUAACCAAAAAUUACUCAAGACUCUAAUACCAAUAUCUUUUAGCCCCUGAAUUUAGGAUAGUAAUUUGGAAUAGUACAUUUUGAUAAUAAAAUAUUCAAACUAGUGGUGAAAUCAGAAUCUGUAACACAAUUUGCCUUUGGUUGAGUCGUCAAGUGAAAUUCCGAAACCCAGUGUUCUUGGAUACAGAUUAACUUGCUGUAAAUGAUUUAAUAAAUUAACCCAUUUAAAGAAUUCACCUGGAGAAACUUACUUUAUAACCAAACGUACUGUUAAAAAGUAUCUUUUCGGCAAUCGUUGACAGGUUGAAAAAGGACAUGAGACCAGAUCACUUGAAACAGUAAAAUUAGUGAAUUUAACCUUUAUUAAUCCCAAUGUAAAAUUAUCGAGAGUAAAUGAUGUUCCAAACAGGGCUCUGGACAGGGUGCUAUAUUUGUGUUAAAAUGUCUUUGAAAUUAGUGUUGAAGAAGUGUUUCAUUUUACUUUUUCCAAUAUUAGCCAAGAAUAAUUGGGACUUGUACUUUUGUUCAUUUAGAUAUUUUUUAAUGUUUUUAAAUUAAAACAAUGAAUGAACAACGAAAUAUUAAUUUCUUUUAAACAGAGGAGAAUAUUUCAAGUACAAUGUUGGGAUAAACAGUGUCUAUUCAAACCUACUAAAAUUCCAUUUAACAGAUAUAAAGUCGAAUACUCUCUCCUAUAUCAAUUUUUUAUGAACUUUUUGGAAACGUUAACAAUAAAAGUCUGAUUUAUCUACAAAAGGGAUAUUUGUUGUACUGUAAACACAGAUAGACACUGUUGUGACAAAAUAAAAAACGAACUCGUUAAACGUUUUUCGAGACCUUCAGAUUCCAGGAUAGGAACGACUACAAGUCGAGAUUUGACUUUACGUUUUUUGGCCCUAUUCUGAAAAAAUAGACACUCCGGAAAGAUUCAUUGCAUUUUUUUCCACCAGAAAAGUCAGCGCUUUAUCUGUAUAUAUUACAGGAGGUUAAGCCCUUUCCCAAUCACAAAAUGGUAAAACCUCUAACAUUUGAUGAUUUGUUUCCGCCAUUACGACAUUCUCGAUCAAACUCGUAGUAGAAUGACGACAGCUAUAACGUUUUCCCGCCAAAAUGACGCUGGUUCACGCGCGCGCACUAUUUCGUAUUGAAAAAAUCUCAUACUCGUAGUCAUUCUCGUGACUCGGCGGCGGACUAAACAGCCCUGUUGAAGGGAGUCUCAAUAAAGUAUGUAUGUAUGUCUCAGAAUCUGAAGGUCUCCAAUUAACUAUAAUAAUCAAGUCGUUCAUACACCUCUACGUCUUCAGUUGAUUUUUGCUUUAGUUUCAGGACGAUUGACUAAAUUGAGGUUGAACAGUGACGUUUUUAGCAAAUAAAACACCCCCACUUUUAUCUUCCUUAUGUAUUUGUUUUAUUUUCUAACCUUUUGCGAUUUUUUUCCGUCCUCAGGUUGUUCCGCGGAAGUGGGAAAAGCACAAAUUCAACUUUGACAAUGUUGCUCACGCCUUUUUAGCGUUGUUUUCUUCCUCAACCGGACUUCCUACCGGAGUCAUUCAAUAAGUAAAAGUAACGUAAAAAAAUACGUCUUUACCUCGAGCAGUUACUGGGUCGAAACAAAUUUUCUUUUCUGUCCGUCGAUUUAUGACAUCGGUCAUAAGUAUAUACAUCGCAUUGCGGCAAAGACUGACAUUCCCGUAUUGGCCUGUGUCGCCAAAGACGAUGUUAUUCCAGUCCACGUGGAAAUGAGGGUGCAACUCCAUAGUCUCUCGAGACUAACUAGUUGAAAGCCAUAGCGCGAUAGUAUUAGGAGUCGGUAAAGUGCUUGACUGCAGAGCAGGAGGUGGUGGGUUCGUUUCCCGGGAACGGACCAAUACUCAGGGUCUUAUAAAAUAACUGAGAAAUGAAGGUACUACCUUUGCCCAGCCAAAGGUUAGACCUUCGCGUGGUUCGGGUGAUUACGAAAAUUGGCGCUCCCGUCUCCGGUAGGACGCGUAAAAGCAGUGUCCCCGACACUCAAAUGAAGUAAAUUUUUUAACUGCAUACUAAGUCCACCUUUAAAUUUGGUAAUGAGGUUUACUAAAUAGAUACCAUGCACUCAGUAUUCUCCAUAUUUGUCUGCAGAGGAAUGUAUCACACAGUUGACGCGACAAAAGAGGAUCAAGGACCCAUAAAAGACAAUCAGAUUCAAAUGUCUCUUUACUACGUCUGCUUCGUCGUCGUAUUUUCUUUCUUCUUUCUUAAUAUGUUCGUAGCUCUUAUUAUUGUUACGUUCCAAGAGCAAGGAGAAAAGGAAAUGGAUGGAAGUGAACUCGAUAGAAACCAGGUGAUUUUCUAACGUUUUUGUUGUUAUUUCGUUUGUAAAUCUUAAUAAAACAGACUCAGCGUAUGUACAAAAAUACUUUUUAGUGUCCUUGUCUAUCAAUAGUUUUGCGGUUUUUUUAUUAAUGCUGUUAGUGAGCAAUGUACUCUUACUAAAAUCUAAAUUACUAUCUUCCUCACUUCAAGUAGCUAGUCCCCAUGGUACAAAUGAAAACAACUGGAGACUUGAGCGUGGGAUAAGAUUGCAACCCAGCCUCCCGAGAGCCAGGGGCUCACCAAAGAAACGCUCCACAAAUCCGCUUAACGAAUUAGGUACAUCAAAACUGAUAAAAAACAUAAUAGUACAUCAUAAUGAUGUUUUUGUUACUUAUUCCAGCGAGAUUGUAUUCAGUUUGCAAUGACCGCCAAACCAAGGCAACGCUACAUGCCGGAAAACAAAAACACGUGCUUCUAUAAAGUGUGGAGGGUUGUUGAUUCCAAGCCAUUCGAGAUUUUUAUCAUGACUACCAUUGUCCUAAAUGCCAUUGUUCUUAUGGUUUCGGUGAGUGUUGUUGCUGUUAGCUAACGGCGUUCUAUUAUUCGAUCAUUGCGAGAUAGUUGAAUAUUAGGGUUUAGCUUAGUACCUGUUAUGUCUCGGUUUUGUGGCCGCUUCACUCUAUAUUAACCAUUAAAUCUUAUGCGAAGAAAAUGCGGACUUCAAUCGUUUCCAGCUUAGCUCUCAAGUGGUUCAAUUCCUACCUUGGCAACAGGAAAAACCAAUACUUGAUAAAUAAACUUUUAUCAGCACCAUAGUAUGUCAUUAGCAGAGUCCCUCAAGGGUCAAUGAUGGGACCUGCGAUUCAUGUAAAACUAAAUCCACUAAAGCAAGUGCGAGAAGCAAACAUUUCAAUCUUCGAGAUAUUUAGCAAUUAUUGGAUGAGGAUGACUAUGUUCAGAAGAAUUAUGUUAUCUGCUGAGGCCGAAGGCUCUUUCUAGUCUGACGAGAGAGAGCUAUUUAAUACUAGUACUGAUUAACAAAACGUUUCAUUCUGUACCUUCAAAUGACUUGUUCUUCUUGUUUUCUUUGUUUACACUCGAUUUAGUAUGAUGGGGCGUCACCUGAGUACGAGAAAGUUCUUAGCAAUCUUAACACAGCUUUCACGUUCGUGUUCCUUUCAGAAGCCAUUUUGAAACUAAUAGCAUUUAGACAGGUACGUUUAAAACGCAUUCACCGGUUUAUCGUGUUUUUUUGUAGUUACAGACAACCCAACAAUAACGGUUGGUCUUGUUAUUUGCCCGUCAGCCCUUAGUGUGGGCUCGGUCGCCGAUUGAUCCUAACUAGCUGCAACGUUCAAGAAAAAUUAGCUUAACAUCAAAAUUUCUGAGGGAGAAUAUGAUGCAACAAAAAGGUCAAAGAUGGUAAAUGCGUUAUUUGCUGCCUAAUUUACUCUCUUGUAACUCUGGGUGCAAAUGCUGUAUUUAUAAAAAAUAUUCAUCAUAUUUGCAUCAUAUUUAUUCAUCAUUGCAUCACAUUUGCUCCAACCAAAUUUGAUGUGAAUCCUAUUUUUUGCACUUUAAAAAAAAGAACACAAAAUACUGUAAUAAUUUUUUUUAAUCGAUUGGAUUUUAACAGUAAACACACUGAAAUUUAUCUUGGUAAACUAUCAUUAAUCAGUUUGUUUGACUGCGGGCAAUACUUGUAACUCGUGUAUUUCCGCUGGGUGACAUACUUCGACUUUCCCGUCCUGUUUUCUUGGCCCAAGCCAAGAGAGGAUACCCUCUCUUCCCCAAGCACAUCUCCUUACAAUGGCAGAAACUCUUCUUCCCUACUAGCAGAGGUCUCUCACGGCGAGGCAAAAAUGAGUUUUGCCUCGUCGUGAGAGACCUCUUCUAGCAGGGAAAAACUCUUCUAAAUUUGCCAAAUCGUUGUCACUUCAUGAACUCUUCUUAUUUACAGAAUUACUUCCGCGAUUUUUGGAACGUGUUUGACUUUAUCAUAGUGAUAACGACUUUAGUUGGCGUCAUCUUAGAAUUGAAAGUAAGUAAAUAAACCAGGUUAUUAAAGAAUUAAAUGACCAACCAAUCAGAAGCAGAGUGCGGUGUUUUUUCGAGGAUUCUAAUUACAAAAAAAAAUAAAAAGAAGUUAACGGUACUCUACGACUCUGUAAUCCAUCACAAGCCAGACAAUAACGAUUUUUCUUGUAUACUUAAAAUACACGUCUUUCUUCUUUAUUUUUAAAUGCUGCCUAACAUUUAAAUUGCCUGUGGGGGAAAUCUCUAUUCCUCAUCAGAUCUGCUUCUCGGAGAUUUCCCCGCCUCAGUCACUCCUUCCGAGUUGUUUGCUCAUCUUAAAUUUAGUAUUAAUUAACUAUUUAUUAUCUUUUCUAUUCUACUUGUAAUUUAUUUUGUGUGGCAAAGUAAUAAAAUAAAUUUCAUACGAGCAAGAAAUGCGGGACUUCGGAAAUUCAAAAUAAUAUGCUCCUUUGUAUUCUCUUGGUUUGGAAUAACCCCUCCCCUGAAUGAACUCCUCUUCGGAAACGCUAAAACUUUUUUGAAAGACCGCGGUGUUUAAUCAAGUAAGUACUGUAAACUCUGGGGAAUAUUUUUAUAUCGCAGUUGAAGGGGAUGAGUGUAUUUCUUCCGAACCGAAUUCUUUGAGGUAAAAGUUUGGACAUUGAAAACCUCUUGAUUGACUUCUCUUUUGGUCUCUUUCUGAACGCAAACCGUAGAAAAGUCCAGACUAAUAAAAUCCUUUGAUAACUUGGACCAGAACAGACCAACUUUUUAUUUUCCAGAACUGAGGAAUAGCUAUGUGUCAGCCUCUUAUAGAACUGGGCGGCCGCCGACCAAUCCACACGUUAAGGGAAUUUCAUUGUUGAUAGGAAUUGUACUGCCAGAUUAGUAUAUUUUUAAAUACUGUAUACGGGGGCAGCAGCGAUGAUUGAAUAUGUUAAGUAAAAAAGACAAUUACAGUGUAAGUCCCUAUUUUUCAUAAGCGCACAAAAGGCUACGCAAGAUGCAACAAUUUAGAAGUCAAAUUGGCUUUUUCUUCAUUCAAAGUUCCCUCAGAUGUUCGGCGUAAAGCAAGGGUCCUGUACCUUUUGAUCUUCGUCCACGCGUUGUCUACAAAUUUUCUUGUGUAGGAUGAAAUGCCUGUUACAUCGCUGAAACAUGCCGACAUCUUUCAACGCCCGUUCGUGAGCAUCUGACUGGGGACAUGACCUGCAACAUAUCGAUGCAUUUGCAGCAGUCGGAGAAAUGCCGCAAAUUAUGCCUUAGAUUCUGCGCAAAACCGACAAAGUUAUUUUUCUUUAAAACAUUCAUUAAUGACCCCAUGUAACUUAGGGGUUGAUCACUGCGUUCUAUAAUCAAUCCUUUGUUAUUUUCACAUGUUACUUUUUUUUCCAUUUAAUUAACUAAAAGCGCAAUACUCUCUUGAUAUGUCGAUAUUUAGGGUAGACUCAUUUGCAAAAUAUUUUUAGCUAAAAAGAAAACAAUUAAAAAUUCCAGCGGGCAAAUUGCGACGGCUAUACGCGUAAGUUGCAAAUGAAUCCACCCUUAGUAUUAUCAUAAUAAUCACUCUUAUUUUCUAUUUCAUUAGUUUUGUAAUUUUUCAUUAUAACUAUCAUUACUAUUAUUAAUGUUUGCUUUUUUAGCCCACCUCGAUUAGCUUGUGCUAUUUGCGUGCUAACUAUCUUUGUAAUCAUGCGUCACGUAAAAAAAAAAAUUGUUGUUGUUGUUGUUGUUGUUGUUGUCCAGAGGUGUCUUUCGAAGUGACGCUAACCAUUUCAUUCCUAAUGACCCGUCCGGUCGGCGGCCAGCUCUGACUCUUAGUAAGCGCCCUUAGUUAUCAAUAAAAGCUACAUGUUUAGACAAUUGCAGUAAGUCUAUCUAUUGACCUUUUGAGUUAAACGGUAACUCAGAGUGUUUUUUUUGUCCUUCAUAGAGAAGCGAUGCCCUUCAAAUAGACCCAAGCUUUUUUCGCCUCUUCCGUGCUGCCAGGCUGGUGAAAUUACUAAGGCAAGGAUACACUAUUCGCAUCCUUUUGUGGACCUUCUUGCAGUCUUUUAAGGUGAGUAUGGAAGAGGCAUUUAUUUAAAAAAAGGAAUUAUAAUUUCUUGUAUAUGGCCAAGACGCCUAACGAUCUGUCAUUUUCAUUUUUCUUUUGUCCUUUCUGGUUACAGGCUCUUCCAUAUGUUGUAAUCCUAAUCGGUAUGUUAUUUUUCGUCUACGCGGUCAUUGGAAUGCAGGUAAGACAGUAAGCAUCACACGAAGUCAUGUAUAUGUUAUAGCUGAAAUAUUUUGCAUCUCGAUCUCUUCUUUGGAUUUCCUUUUCAUUUCCUUCUUUGUCGCAAUUUUUUUUUAUUCACUAUUUUCUUCUUUAUCUACAAGUUCGUAACUAAUUAAACCAUUAUGUUAAAGUUGUUUGGUAGAAUUCAUCCAAGUGAGGACUGGAGCAGAGAAAUAAAUCACCACAACAACUUCAGGAAUUUUUUCAUGGCUCUUCAAGUACUUUUCAGGUACGCAAUUUUCAAUGUGUAUUAGUGCACUAUAUAUUUCAUUUAUCAAAUAAUGACAAAGCUUGUCAUUACCGACAAGAGAAAUGAACCCGGAGAUGAACGGACAACGUUUUAAAAACCUAAUGCAAGCCAGGAUGGCUAAGAAUCGUUUUGUGGCUGAAGGAAAGUGUCUUAAAGACCUAUAGAAAGCCACUCCGCUUUAACCAAUACAUUCCUGUAUUUUUUUUUCCAUAGGGCAUCCACUGGCGAGAACUGGCAUAGGAUAAUGCUGCAUUGUUUUAACGAUGCAAAAUGCGAUUCUGACGAAACCAAGACGUGUGGCAGCACCGUAGCCUCCAUAAUUUAUUUCUGUACAUUCUACUUUUUCUGCACAUUCUUGGUAAGUAUUACCACUAUGAUCUACUCCCGUAAAAAGAAAUUGAUUAAAACGAGGUCUGAUUUCAUUUAAUUAAUGCCCAUUCUGCACCGUGCUUUGAGCUGGACUUCGAGACAAAGGGAGGAUAAUUUGAACCACACUGGAUUAGGAAAAUUGAAGUGUUCAUACGAAUGGCCAUUUCUGGAGUAAGCUAUGUGCUGACAUUCGAGAAAUAAGGGCAUUGAAUUUAGAGUUAGAAAUAUUUCACUUUUACGCGGCUGUUUAAGUCGGUGUGAUGUGGGUAUAAAUCGAUGAAAUCAAUGAAACUAUGUCAGAGUGCUUGAUUUUAUUAUGUCUUUUUUUACUGCAAAUAGUUUGCAUCGUCCGUAACAAUGAGGUUAUCUGUUUCAGAUGUUAAAUCUUUUUGUUGCUGUCAUCAUGGAUAAUUUCGAAUACCUGACUCGAGACGAGUCUAUUCUAGGCCCGCAUCAUUUAGACGAAUUUGUGAGGGUCUGGAGCGAGUAUGAUCCAGGAGCAACGUAAGAAGUCUGGCCUUUUUAAUUAAGCCUAUCUUUGUUAGAAUUGUUUUCUUUUUAGCAUGAUCGUGUAUGUGUUUGCUUAAACCAGCCUAACGUGUCAUUGAUAUCUCUUAUCUUGCCCGUCUAAACUUUGAAUUGAAAUGUGUGCUUAUCCGCCCUCUGUCAUUAGUGGAGAAAUACGUUACUAGUCCUCCGUUUGUAGACGUCUCAGAUUGUAUCAGGGGCCCAUUCCUAUUCCCAAGUUUAUAUCCCUUCUGCUUUACUUCAUGUUCUGUAGAGGGCGGAUCCCGCAUACAGAGGUAUAUCGCCUGAUGUGUGACAUGUCUCCUCCAGUUGGAUUUGGCAGGAAAUGCCCCAAAUUUAUUGCUUAUAAGGUCAGUAUCCGAUCCACUAACCAAACCCUAUCAAGAAGAGCCUAUUGAGAUAUUUUCAUGGUGAUUUUCAAGCAGUUACUUUUCUGUAACAAUCACAGCAAGCGCAGAUAAGACGGAAGUCUUCCAAUGCAAAGAUAAAUACAGCUAUUGUAGCUAGUGAUGGGAGAGGGUAAAAUUGAUUUAAACUCUUAGUUGCUACAGUGUUCAGUUGUCUUUGAAGUUACUUUACUUUGACUAGCAUAGGUAGGUGGAAUAUCAUCGUCCGGGUGAGUGUAGUCGCGAUGUUAUUGAUCAUUUGUCAGUUAAGCCGUUAUGCUAUUGGCUACGAAGAAGCUACUCACAUUGCUAAUAACAUCACGGCUUAAGUGACACAGACUACCCAACAACGCCGCGAGUUAAUUGACCAAUCAACUUUAAUACCAUCAACUGGCGAGACAACACCCUUUGACUCUAAAGACCACUAAAGCACAGGUUUUCGAAACCUUUAGCCAGACAGUCAGUGUCAAUAGCACUCCUCUUCAGGACUUACACUCAUCACAUGACCCGUGCGUUGAAACCAUUCACUGUGAGAGAGAAUUGUGUUACCUUAUUUCGAUACAACAUUAGAACCAGUUAUCUCUUACCAGUUUGUUCUCUUUUUAUAGCGCCUGAUUAAAAUGAACAUGCCAAUCAUGGGUGACAAUACAGUUUUGUUCACUUCUACCUUGUUCGCUCUCAUAAGAACGGCACUUGGAAUUUUCAGCACAGGCGACCCAGCAUAUGCUGACAGCGAACUUAGGCGAACAAUCAAACGACUCUGGCCAAAAACAUCCAAGAAAACUUUGGACAAAAUGAUCCCUCUUCAGUCAGGUAAGAACACGUUCCACUUUUCAUAUACAUGCUGCUGAUGAUUCUACUUGAAUCUGGAGCAUUAAGCCCUAAAAGGAUAAUUUCUACUCAUGCCCGCCCAGCCGUGUUCAGUUUUAUGUUCACUUAUGGUUUUGGUGGUCUUUUAAGUUUGGUGUUGUUUUUCAUUCGUCUCUUUGAUCGGUAUAGUAUUGUACUGUAAUUAUCCCGUAACUAAAUCGUUUGUCGUAAGAAAGAACGCUUGAUAUUUGUUACUGAUAAGAGAUGAUCGAAAACGAUGAGCUUAAAUCAGUUAGGUUAUAGCAAACAAUUUCUGUUAAAGAUUUGAUUUCAGUUGAUUUGCCAGGUACAAAAAAUUCUCUUUCAUUAGCAAAUAAAUGUAGUAAAUGUAACAAGGAAGUUUAUAGACUCGAAUGCUUUCAUUUCCAUUGCAGUUUUGAGCUCCCAGCAGAUGACCAUUGGAAAGAUUUAUUGUGCAAAACUCAUUUAUGAAAAUUACAAACAUAUGAAGAAAAAGCGUCUUGAGAAGAAGAAAAAGGUGAAUUGAAGUUAACAACAUUUUUAAGAUACAUUGACACUUACAAAAAUUAAAAAGCUUCAGCAAUAUAUGUAUAGUUUUUAAAUGCAUGAGCACCAUGGAAACUUAGGACGUAUAUCGUUGCUUUAUGUUUAAGAGUUUGAAUAGAAGGCGACAUAACAGUGAUUGAUUGCCUUUAAUUUUCGAUACCAUACUUUUCUCUCUGUCUAAAGAGAUCAUUCUUGACGAUAAAAAAAAAUGAAAUAUAUGUUUUAUCUAAAAGAGGAGACCUUCAUUGUUUCGUCGACUUGUGGGAGCUCUUCGAAGCGGUAACUCGAAUUCCGAUGACGAGGAAGCUGAAAUUGACAGCCCCCCUGUGUAUCUGAGGCCACGAAGGCGGUCCAAGACUUUAACAUCUCUACCAUCAAUGAUGUAAGUAAACGUUGAACUUUGUUCUUGACAAAAUCUUAAAGAAAAUAUAUGAUAUAAAUGGAGUUCUACAAAAAGUGAUAACGGAUUUUUUUAGCCUGCGAGGGGGCUCACUUGUACUAUAGUUUGGGGAAAAUGUCGGCGGCAGAGCCAUCACAUUUCCUCGUUCGUCCGCCGCCAAAAUUUUCCCCGAACUCGCACAAGUGAGUCUGUUCGCAGGGUAGGUGUUUUCGACCAGUUGUAGACGGACUGAGUUUCUUUGCUCCCUUUGGUUGAAACCUCUCAUCUAUGGAACACUCUUUUCACUCUUCUCAAUCUAUUUGUUGCUAUACGUCAAGCCUCCAAUAAAUAUGCUGUUUCAGCCUCAAGUACAGAGAUCAAAUGAGAAAAGAAUUACUUCAUCAAAAGGUUGAAACUGUUAUAGUCAACUAAUGGGUGCGCGGCGAAAGUAUUUAAUACCUGUUUUUUGUUGUUGUUAUUGUUGUUCAAAUUUAAAGCCACUUAAAUGAUUGAUAAAGUUCAAAUAAUAAGCAAGAGUGUUAGAAAUUUCAUGGCAUGAAUGACCAGAAAUCCAAACUCAAGCAGACAGCGACAGCAGUGAUUUCUUGCGUGUUCUGCUCGUUAGUGUUUUUAAUGACAUUGACAACAGAUUUUAAUGAACGUUCUUUUGCUUCUUCAUCCAAUUCCAAUUCUACUGUACCUACAAUUUGGUGCAAAGACGAUUCUUAAUACUGAAUGAUGCUCUUUAUAUUAUCCUUGAUAUUUUUUACACUUCACUCAACUUUCAGAACCAAAGAAAAGCAAGAAGUGUUAAACUCUAAGCGGCACAUGCAUCGCUCACUAAAAUUCUUUGGAAGACCAUUCGGACGAUCAGACAGUUUUAGCGAAGAUGAAGAUGCCAGGGGAACUCACAAGUCAGUCCACUUUAAGGUAAAAUUGUUUCAAUAAUGAUGACUCCGGCCCAGUAUUUCAAAACAAAUGAAUAAAACAUUCACCUGAGUUAGAAGAGUUCUUUCCUAAAAUUGACGGCACGUGUACCUCAGUGAGAAAGUUCCCGUGGCUUCAGUAGUUUUAGUGUCCUUUUUGCUGAAUUGAACGGAUGAAUAUUAGUUAGUAUCGAAAUGUCACUAACAGAUAUCUAUGAUAAACACGAUAAAGUUAAUAGCUUUGACCUCAUUUGUGAGAGUUUAUGUCCACUUUCCAGAAUCACUAUAGCAAUUUUUGUAUGAUUCUAGCAACAUAUCAAAAUAUUCCUAUAGUGGCUCGAUGCUCGAACAUAAUAUAGCGGCCAUCACGAGGAUUUAUUAAACCGACUGAAUUGAAUGAAUCGGGUUAUGCGCAACAUUUAUAACGUAUCUUGAUCUCAGCUGGUUAUUACCAGUCUUAAUAAAGGAAUGCUUAUUCGUGGUGUUUUAGGACGCUCCUAUGGACUUGACAGAUAUCAACCCCACAAUUAUCAGUACAGACACAGAGGAUGAGGAGUACGUGGACGGCGCAAGUCGCAAAAGGAAAAAGAGGCUGAGUUACAAGAACCCUGUGGUAAGACUGAGGAGUUCAAAUCGCACGCUACAGUCGAGAAGAUACCGGAUCAGAAAAGGCUUGAAAAUAUCUAUCGUCUAGCUUAUGAUUAAUUUUAUUGACACCCAAGUUGUUCUAGUUUUAGGUUUGAUUUGUCUUUGAAAUUGUCUCUUUUGUUUUGUUUCUUUCUUUUGUUUGUUUGUUUCCUGGGCUCUAUUUUUCAUUAAUUCUCUCAGACAAUUUCUCUAUACUAUAUAUUUCUGAAGAGUGAGGGAAGUUAAGCGUAGCUAAACAUAAGAAUGGCUAUCCAACUGACUAAAAACAUAAAACAAAAUGCAAGGAAGCAAGUACAUAAAUUCGUGGCAAAACACCCAAGAGAGCGCCCAUCACAGCUACCAAUGAUUGACGGCUGAUUAGAGGAAAACUAUAAAACCUGUCAUCAAUCAAUCAAAACAAUGCCCUUCUUUAUUUACAAUCUUACAGACAAAAAAUUAUAUUUGACGACUACAUAUCUUGACCUUAUCAUCACCUUGGUUGUUGUAAGGAGAAAAAAGAUGUAAAUCAGCUCCGCAGAACCCUUGAGCUAACUCAGCUAUUUGUAAUCCUUCCAAUGCGCAUUCGUUUCAUAUUUUCCCGGUGAAAGAAUUAUGUGUUCCUAAGCUGUGAAGUUAAUAGCCCAUGAGUAAUGAAUGUAUUUUAAUGCUUCUUUAAUGUAAAAGCUACCUAACUUUUAGAUUUAUUCUAUAAUUACAAAUUAAUUAAUAACACUACUACUAUUUCAGUCUGUAAAGACGCUUUCUUUAGUUUUGGUGAUCUUUACAAUAGAAAGACGAUGGCCAACCAUGAAAACUCAAAAUUUCACAUUGAUAUAAGUUUUGCUUUUUUGCUGAAAUUGGAAUUGCUUAAAUUUUCUUUGCAAAAAUAAGGGAAAAGAAAGGAGUAAGAAACAUUAGACAUACUUAGAUUAAGAGAGCAAACAGGAGAAACAACAAUAACAAUCAAUUUUCUUUUGUUUUUUCAUUUGAUCGCGUACUUUUCAGCGAAAAGGAGAGUGGAUUGAAAUGGAAUGCAUGCUUUCCAAUGGUUAGUC